UAUAAGUAAACUCUCUAUACCGGGAAUAGGCUAGCCGGCCGUCCGUCGCCACCGGGAGGAGGAGGAGGAAGAAAGGAAACAAGCCAUGGGGGACGGUGGUGGUGGUGGCGCCGCCGCCUCCUCGUCGCCGCCGGACGCCUCCUCGGGGUUCUCCUACCUCGCCGUCUUCCACAACUACCCCCUCGUCGCCGCGCUGCUCGGCUUCGCCAUCGCCCAGUCCAUCAAGUUCUUCCUCACCAGGUAUAAGGAGAAGAGAUGGGAUCCCAAGCAGCUUAUUGGCUCCGGUGGCAUGCCGUCAUCGCAUUCCGCAACCGUUACAGCAUUGUCAGUAGCGAUUGGCUUCCAAGAUGGCUUUGGCAGUUCCCUCUUUGCCACAGCGACGAUAUUCGCAAGUGUGGUGAUGUACGAUGCUUCUGGUGUCAGAUUGCAUGCUGGAAAGCAAGCGGCGGUGCUAAACCAAAUAGUUUGUGAACUACCCGCUGAACAUCCCUUGGCUGAAACAAGACCAUUGCGUGAACUUUUAGGACAUACUCCCACCCAGGUUGUCGCUGGUGCGUUGCUUGGGUGUAUGAUAGCUACUGCAGGACAAAUUAUCAUUGCAGUGACAAGUGUUGUAUGAUGCUGCUGUGUUUGAAGGCGCAGGAGAAUUGCUUAGUGUUUGCAGAGACUUGAGAAGAAGCAGCUUCUCUGGUGUUUCCGUGACUUAGGUGUCUGUUCGAUGUGUAAUGCCGUGCCGUAGUGCUGUUGAAGGUUGAAUCAAGUUUUGAUAGCACAUAAUUGUAUUAUGCUCAGGUGAUGUUCUCAGGCUUGAUGUACAGGAUAUUUAUUCGAUGAUUGUCCUGGUGAAAGCUAGAAAGUGGCUGCGUCACUAGCUA